GCGCGCUGCGUGAGGAGAAGGAGGAGCUGGCAAGGCCAGAGGAGGCCUUUAAGCGCCGGGGCCGGGCAUGGAGAGCGCCCCAGGAAGGCUGCUUCCCUUCCCCGCCUCCCUCCAUGGCGUGCCGGCUGGUGCUGUUGCUGCUGCUGCUCUUCCACUCGGCUUGCCUCGUCUUCCCCUUUGGCCAGGUCCGGCAGCGCAGAGAGGAGGCCCUGCCCGGGCCCUACGAGAAACUGGGGCGGCACCUGGGCGACGUCACGGCCCUCUCCAAGAGGUACUGGCGCCUCUUGGCCUGCCAGGUCUGGCAGAGGGACUGCGAGGAAGAGGGGCAGCAGGGGGAAGAAGAAGGGGAGCAGGAGGAGGAGGAGAAGGAGGAGGCCCUGGCUGCAAGAGAGCAGAAGCAGCAGGAGGAGGAGGAAGAAGAAGAAGAGGGCGCCAAGGUCAUCCUGGAACAGCAAGGAUGGAAUUGGCCCAUGGUAACUGAGAUGGUCUCCAGUUGGUACUGCAGGCUUGGCAAGUGCUGCGCAACAGGAGAUUGCAGAGUGACCAAUAAUAUAACAGGGCUGGAGCUGGAUUUGAGCCGUCGACUCCAUGGUCAACAUCUUGUGAAACAUGUUGUCCUGAAGGCUGUUCAGGGCUUCCUGGAGACACCAGAUCCAGAGAAAGCACUGACUCUUUCCUUCCAUGGCUGGUCUGGCACGGGGAAGAACUUUGUGGCUCGAAUGAUAGCAGAACAUUUGUACCGGGAUGGCCUGAAGAGUGACUGUGUCAGAGUCUUCAUUUCUCAGUUUCACUUCCCUCAUACCAAAUAUGUGGACAUAUACAAGGUCCAGCUAGCAAGAGAGAUCAGUGAGACAGUGCAAGGCUGUGAGCAGUCCCUUUUCAUCUUUGAUGAGGCGGAGAAGCUUCAUUCUGGCCUCCUUGAGGCUCUGAAACCCUACGUGGAUCAUUAUGACAGUAUUGAUAUGGUGAAUUACCGGCGAUCUAUCUUCUUAUUCCUGAGUAACACAGGGGGAAAUAUUAUUAAUGAAGUAGCCCUGGACUUCUGGCGAGCGGGCAGAGCCCGAGAGGAAAUCACGCUGGAGUUCUUAGAGCCCUAUUUGCGGACGGAGCUGAUGGGAGCUACAGAUGAAGGUUAUACUCAAAAUAGCCUUCUAGAAGAGAACCUCAUAGACUUCUUAGUACCCUUCCUGCCCUUGGAAUACCGCCACGUGAGGCUGUGUGCCCGGGAUGCUUUUCUAACACGGGGCCUUCCAUUCACUGAAGAGGCACUGGAUGAGGUUGCAAGGAUGAUGGUGUUUGUACCCAAGGAGGAGAAGCUCUUUUCUGCCCAAGGCUGCAAAUCCAUCUCCCAGCGUAUAAACUUCUUUGUUCCCUGACGAUACAGGAUUUCACUGCACAGGUACUGCAACAUACAACCUAUUCUGUUUCCUCUUGCACAAAGGCUCAGUACAUUGUGCGAGGUCUUGCACUGUGACUGGCUACUACCUUUCCCUAAUAUGUAUGUGUUACUGGGAGAUGGGAAAUGGGAGGGGGGAAAUUACUGAAGAAAUUGCUAAAGGAAAAUGAAAGAAUUAAAGACUGCCAUGUAGCUGGAAUCUACAUGAAAGGUGCUACCGAAGAGGAAAGUUUUGCUUGUGGAACAUUCUCUGAAUGAGUGUUUUGCAAGGAAGGCACUUCAACUGCAAAAGGAGUAAAGCUUCUUCACAUUUUGUACACAACUGAGACUGUUUUAAAAUGUAAAUGACUUCCUGCUUGGAAUUUUUAAUGACGUGGCUGAACAAGGAACUAGAAUGUUUGCUUACAGUGCAAUAAGCUACUUCCCUUCCUAUACCCUUGUAUAGAAUAGAAGGAAGCCUCUUAUCCCCACCAGGGAGGCAUUGCACCACCUUUUAAAAAGUACUGAAUGACAUAUGGGAGAGCUAUGAUCAUACGUUGCCUUCCAAAACGCAUAUAUGCCACAGAGAAUGGAGACACACAGUUCUUGAUUUUCUGCCAAGGAAUUUAAAGCCAAGAGGGUCACAGCACAGCACUCAAAAUCUGUGUUGGGAGAGUGGUGACAAAGGCCAAAAUUCAGUGUGGCACUUCCAGCCUGGCAUUGAAAUUGAGCAAUAACCCUACUUUGUCAGUUUGAUAAAUUCAGGACUGUUUGCAGGAAGGAGGUGGUGUUGGAUGGAAUUUGAAACAUCUUUGUAAACUAAAACCUGGCAGAGUUACCCAGUUGUUUGCAGUACAAAACACAAAUUGUAACUACAUCUACUUGAGCUAAGAUAGAAUACCAGUUUGGGUCAAAUGUACCUCAGCGCUUAGUCAGCAGAUGUGGGUGUAGGGCAGGCGUGGGAUCGCCAUGGCUCUCUGCUACAUGGAUUGCCAUUCCCAACUGGCCAAGCCAGCUUUGAAAGGGAGCUGUUGUGCAAGUUGUGUCCUUACAUCUGGAGAGCUGCAGACCCCCUCCCUCUCCCCCUCGGAGUGUUUCCUAUUUAUUUAUUUACAGCAUUUAUAUACCGCUUUUCUCACCCCGAGGGGGACUCAUUACACAUAGAUAAUGGCAAAAAUGAGUUGUACUUUUCUUGCAUUCCCUUCAGGAUGUAUUGCAGUAAUUGUGCUUGAACCUCAGCUAUGUUGUUUUCUCAGCCAUAUUGUUUUGAUGUUCGGUUAUUGUAGGGUUUUUUUCGGGCUAUAUGUCCAUGGUCUUGAGGCAUUCUCUCCUGACGUUUCGCCUGCAUCUAUGGCAAGCAUCCUCAGAGGUAGUGAGCAAAAAUGCAAUGCCUUACAACUACAACAGUAAAACCACACUUUAAACAUAAAUCAUAUUAAAAACAGUACAUCAUCAAAUAUCAAAACAGUUAUUAAAACCACAAAACAAUCCCUAUAGUUCUGAAUAGUGCAGAUAUUUACACAAAAUUAAGUGUAAUACUAUUCAAAUCUUCACCCAUAAGCCCUAUACAAACAUUGCCCUGUGUGUUAAUAUCUACAGGUCUGGCGGCAGUAGAGACUACUGCUUCUUAAACUGUGGGUCUUGACCCCCAAUUGGGGUUUCCUUCACUCAGUGUUGGGGUCCCAAAAAAUUUAGCAGCAGUAAAAGAUUUCUGAAUGUCGCUCGUUUACACAAAUGACAAUUUGCAAUGUUUACAGUGGACUCUGAAGAAAAUGCUUCAGCUGUAUUUCCAUGAAAAGAAAAAUGAGCCUAUUUAGUAAGCUUUGCAAAUGCUGAUUUAUUAUCAGUAAAUGUAGGAGCCCCCGGUGGUGCAUUGGGUUAAACCCCUGUGCUGACAGGACUGAAGACCGACAGGUCGCAGGUUCGAAUCCGGGGGGAGGCGGAUGAGCUCCUUCUAUCAGCUCCAGCUCCUCAUGCGGGGACAUGAGAGAAGCCUCCUACAAGGAUGAUAAAAACAUCAAAUCUGGGCGUCUCCUGGGCAACGUCCUUGCAGACGGCCAAUUCUCUCACACCAGAAGCGACUUGCAGUUUCUCAAGUUGCUCCUGACACGACAAAAAAAAAAUGUCAGUAAAUGAUUUCUAUACCUCUCUUCUAUACCUGGGGUCCUGUAAAAAUUUCUUGGGCCAAAGAGGUCGCAAGUUUUAGAAGCCCUGGUAUAAAGCAUAGGUGUGGGUGGUGCAGUCCCAGUUUACACAUAGUAAUUAAUCCAAAUUAGGACACUUUUUUCAGGGGAGCCAUAACACCAGUGGAAAGCAGGAGCCAGCAUCUGAGAUUUCUGUCUUUUUUUUUUUUUGUUGAAUCCGGAGGAUACUUGACACAAUCCACACUGAAAUAAGGAGAUUCCAUCUGAACAUAGGGAAGAACUUCCUGACUGUGAUAGCUGUUCAGCAGUGGAACUCUCUGCCCCAGAGUGUGGUAGAGGCUUCUUCUUUGGAAGCUUUUAAACAGAGGCUGGAUGGCCAUUUGUCGGGGGUGCUUUGAAUGCAAUUUUCCUGCUUCUUGGCAGAGGUUGGACUGGAUGGUCCAUGAAGUCUCUUCCAACUCAUGGGCCAUCAUUCGCAUGCUCUCUAAAUUGUACACCACUAGUUUUGACUUUGAAUGGUCUCCAUGACAAUUGUGAAGGUAUUUCUUCAGAAAGGUACUUUGGCCAGAACUCAGAAUAGACUCGCAUUAGCUCUGUUUGCUAUUGACACCGUACAGCUGCUCGCCAAAGAAAAUACAGUGAGCUAUUUGCUGUCUGGCUUGGUUGCCAAAUGAUAAACCUUGUGUGACCAAGGCUGCAAUGACUAAGAGAAUCGAACAGAACUCUGAUCUGUAGGUCAAAAAUACCUUCCAAUAUAGUCUGUGUUAUGAAAAGGAAACAGAUCAUCUGCUUGGACAUUGGACUUGCAAACAUCUGCCACUGGGUUGUUAGACUUGGCAAACUGGCUGAGUUUCAGAGCUGUUCAGAGUUCUGGCAGUGAAGCAAUGUGGAUAGCCUUGAGUCAUGAGAAAUUUGGCUUCAAGUCCCAUAA